AUUAUUUUGGUUGGAGUUAAAAUCUUUCGCAAUUUCUUACAAAAAGCCCAUUGAAGGGGAAACAUUUGGCCUGAAAACACGCAUUGCUUUCCUUCGGUUGAGCUCCGGGAAUGGCGCUGUGGUCGUCAUCAUCGUCUCCGAAAGGGAUUGUCGUCACCUUUCCGGUGCUCUUACUCACCGCCUCUGCUGCAAUUUUGUUUCUGUUCUUCUUCUUCUCCAAUCUCUCCUCUUGCUCCUGCCCUGCUUCUCCCCGCAUUGUCGUCUCCGGCACCGCUGCCGGCGCCGGAGGUUGCGUUGGCGAUGGGGUCCGGACGAGCAAGGACGAUGUCGACUGGGUGAAGGAUCAGAUCAGAGCCAAUGGACUGCAGAUGCACGAGAAUGUGCUCCGGAAAGGCAUCAACCCUCGCACUAGGGCUCAGCAGCUCGAAGAUCUCAGGCAAUUCAAGGGUAUAUCACAUUAUGAGGGAUCUGACGAACAGAACCGUACAGCAUUUCCAUGCCCUGGUGAGCUCCUUGUUGAAGAGCACCAUAGCAACUAUGGUGAACCUUGGGCAGGUGGGCGAGAUGUGUUUGAAUUCCUAGCCGAGUUCUCUCAUCUAAAACCAGAUGCACAUGUUUUGGAGAUUGGAUGUGGCACCCUCCGUGUUGGCUUGCAUUUCAUUCGAUAUCUCAAGCCUGGACAUUACCACUGUCUCGAGAGGGACGAGCUCUCAAUGAUGGCUGCCUUUAGGUACGAGCUUCCAUCUCAAGGUCUCUUAAGCAAGCGCCCGCUAAUCGUGAAAGGGGAGGACAUGGACUUCACCAAGUUUGGCUCUGAAGUUGUUUAUGAUUUGAUAUAUGCUAGUGCUGUGUUUCUUCAUAUGCCUGAUAAGCUUGUAUGGGUUGGUCUAGAGAGGCUUGCCAGCAAAUUAAAGCCAUAUGAUGGGCGAAUAUUCGUGUCGCAUAACAUAAAGUUCUGUUCGCGGUUGGGCGGGGAGGAAUGUACAAAGCGUCUUACAAACUUGGGACUUGAAUAUUUAGGAAAACGCACGCACGACAGCCUGCUUUUCAACCAUUACGAGAUCUGGUUUGAGUUCAGGCAAUCAAAGGCUAAGUAGUGCUAGCACUCUCUGUGUAUCAUUUGGACCGAGAUCCCGAGAUGUGGAGAUGAGUAGGAAGUUGUCUGAGAAUGGCUCUGGCAUUUUCAAGUCCUGGAGAGGUUAUAUAGAGAAUCAAGGAGAAAUUGGGAAACCAUUAUAGAUUUUUGAGUGGCAAUGCAUUUUAUUUGACCACUAGAGAGAAGCAAAAUGGUGUUAGGGAAAGAAUGCCUUCUCUCUUCUUCUGUAUGCUAAGAUAGCCCAAGGCUUAGGACCUUUUUGUGUAUGUAGUCCAUGUAAUUUCUAUUCA